AUGCUGCUUCAGGAAAAGGACCAGGCCGCUUUCAAGAACUGGCUGCUGCCGAAGCUCGAGACCAUCUCGGACGCUGAGGCUGGGGUUCUUGCUGAUUACGUUGCUGCGCUUGUUGCCGUUGACGAAACCGAAGCAAACGUUCGGCGCAGCUGUAUCGAGUCAUUGGAAGAUUUCCUCGGGAAAGACAAUACUGAGCCAUUCGUAAAUGACGUGAUCGCGGCGUUGAACGACAAGAGUUAUCUUCCAAACGCUCCACCUUCUGCACCUAUACAGUCCAUAGUAGGCAGUACGAAUCUUGAAUAUGAACCUCAUCACUCAAACGUGCCAUUCAACGCACCGAGAGGUCCAGCCGCGACUAGAUUUCCGCCCACAUCACAUCGUCUACUCGACCGACCGGCCGCGCAGGGAAUGCAGCAGGAUGGAUCAAGUCAAUCAAGGAAACGCAAGAUGUUGGAAGAGGACAAUAGCCAGUUUUGGGAGGGUCAGGACCCGCACUACAAUCACAGCGGGGGUGGUGGUAACAGACCAUCGAAGCAGACGGCGCGUAGGGGCGGUAGAAACGCAAGAGCUAGGGACACUCAACACAACGCUUCGUAUGAUUUGAGUGGCAUGCCAAACUUUGCCAAACUUCCAGCGCCCCCGCCAGGACCUCUUCCAUUUGACCCGUCAGAUCCUAUGGCUUUCUUUGCAAUGGCUGCAGCUUUUGGCGCAAAUCUUCCUGGCAUGUCACCCUUCUCCUCAGACACCCAAGGUAAUAGUUCUAGUCAUAAGGGCCCCAAGGGCUCCAAGGGCUUGUGUACCAACUAUUAUGAAAAGGGAUUUUGCGCUAUGGGAACCCUUUGCCCCUUUGAACAUAGCGACGCUGCUGUUGCCGUUCCAGCCAACGAAAUCCCUGAGUAUGACCCGGAACAGUCGUAUCUUGCUGUACAGCCUCAUCGAGGUACGGGCAACCGCGCAUUGUCACAGACUCGACGUCGCACCACUAAGGGCGGUAAACCACGCGCGCCAUUCUCCCAAUCCGGCCCGUCACGCGAUCCGUCAAACACUAUGCUGGUGGUUGAACAAAUCCCCCCAGAGAACCUCCAUGAAGAUAGUGUACGAAGUUACUUUUCGAAGUUUGGCAGUAUCGACGAAGUAGACAUUCACGCCGACAAACGAUUGGCAAUCAUUAAGUUCAGCGAUCAUUCUGCUGCAAGUCGAGCAUACAGUAGCCCAAAAGCCAUCUUUGAGAAUCGGUUCGUCAAAGUCUAUUGGUACCGACCGGAGGAGCACCCAGAAGAGGAGAAACUUGACCUCGAGGCCAUUGCGAUCAGACAGGCAGAAGCACAGAAGGCUUUUGAAGAACGUCGUCGAAGGGAGGAGGAAGCCGAUGCUAGGGCCGCGGAGAUUGAGCGACAGCUGAAAGAGAAGAAUGAAGAGAUGCAGGAAAUUAGACGACAGCUCGCAGAGUUAUCGGGCGAUAAGGCUGACGAAUUUUCGCAGACAUUGGAGACUCUUCAAGCCGAAGCUGCCGAGCUCUUUGACCAACACGACCCUAGCGACUCUUCAGGACGUGGCCGUGGCUAUGGCGCAUUCCGUGGGAGUUAUCGAGGUCGCGGCUUUGCCCCCUUCCCUCCCCGUGGUAGAGGCUCCACAUCCUAUAGGGGCGCGUAUGGUCGUGGGUCUAGCUUUGUCGCGUCCGCAUUCCCGGGUCGUAGUGCCGUCAAGAGACUUGACAACAGGCCUAGACGACUCGCUGUUUCUGGCAUUGAGGCUGACACUCCGAGAGAUGAGGCUCUGAGGCAGUAUCUUCUGAACGUUCCCGAUUGCACGUCUAUCGAGCGCCAUCCAGAGCAAGACGAUGCUCUUAUCCUUACAUUCAAGGAGCGUUACCAGGCAGAGAUGUUUCUCGAUCAGUCACUUCAGAUUCCUGACGUGGGCAAGUUGGAUCUUGCAUGGGUUUCUAACGACGCAUUUGGUGGUCUUGAACCUUCUACCACAACUGUAGGUACAGCUCAUGCCAAGGCUGAAGAUGAUGACAAUUCUUCUGCUACCGUUGGUGAAGUGGAAAUCGGGGACGAAGAAGAUGAUGACCAACCGAUUGGUGGCGCGGAUGCAGACAUGGAUGUUGCUGAUGACGUUGAUCGAUGGAUGCAGGCAAACACCGCGUCGUGA